GACAGAGAGAGAGAGAGGGUCAGACUGGGAGGACGGUGAUGCGCAUAGAGGCAGCCAGGGAUUUGGGGUUUUUCUAGUGGUCUGGGUGGAACUGGGGACCCGCAGAGACAUGGUGGACUUAGGAGAGGAGCUUGGAGAUGCUUGAACAGAGUAGUCAGAAAAAUAAUGAGCACGGGAAUAGAAUGUUUGAGAUCAGAUGAGUGAUUUCAGCUGUUGUCAAGCCAGUGUUCGAUCUCCAUUGGACUUUUAAAAAUGCUAAGAUGGAAAGAUGACCUCCUGCUGUGUGUCCUGUAGUAUAUUGAUAAGUGGGUGAUACUUUCACAACCACCUCCAACGCCGAGAAGCAAACUUCCAUCCAGCCAAUGAAAACAGACGGAGCGGAAGUGAAUUGAGGUCUUCAGGAGAGUCCGCCACAGCUCCUCGGCGGCACCCAUUGCGAUGAAUCCUCUGGAAGGUCUCAUGUCGGUGGCGGCGAACCACCACCUGGUCUCCAGCUCAGCGGCCGAGUCACAGAGGCAGCAGCAGCCCCAUACGGCUGGAGGCCCAGCGUCCCUGCACGGACACAGGCAGAGCAUACGCAGGAGCCGGGAGCCCAGGAAGUGGGUGCAGUCCGUGUGUGGGUCCAGGUCUGGUUCUGGUUGCGAGUCUGCGGUUCAGUGCAGGAUACUGAGGGGUCAGCACUCCCCAGAAAACGCAGCGCGAGAGAGGAGCCGUGUACGCAACCUACGUCAGGCCUUCCACAGCCUGCAGGCUGCUCUGCCCUCAGUCCCCCCGGACACCAAGCUGUCCAAGCUGGACGUUCUGGUUCUGGCUACUAACUACAUAGCUCACCUGACAGAGACGCUGGACCAGGGAGCGGCGCUGGCCGAGCACACCCUGCCCCCCAGGCCGGGCGGAUACCUGCAUCCUGUUAAGAAGUGGCCCAUGCGUUCCCUGCUUUACUGCGGCAGCGUGGGAGAGCUGCUGUCAGGAGUCCCAGCCAAUCAGAUGCCUCCACCUGGACGGGACGUGACCCAUCCGCUGACCCCCACCCUGGAAGCAGAAAAAGAGUGAUAGCAGAGCAUGGGACAUAACUUUCCCAUCUGUUUCUUAUCCCCAAUGUUUGCUUGCCAUGUAGCUACCAUGGACAGCAAAACAAGAAUAUUCAUCUGGAGACAAUGAUCAGUGUAUCGGAAAGGCCUUGAAAGUUGUUUUUUUUCCACCAGGGAUCACGCAAACACACACGGGUACACAUGUUACUACACACAGCACAGAGAGGGUUAGAUUCACUCUUGUUGAAAAUAUUCCAUCAUUAUCUGAGCUUUAGACAGGAACGGAUUUAAUGCGAGGAAAUUAAAAAGCUGCUUCACUUGACUUAUAACGCCACAAAUCACCACGCGGAGGAGCAGUGUGUAGCCUAUUAUCUUGAUUUAAAGGUUGUACAGUGUUUUAUUUUUGCAGAUGUUACUUUAACCGUAAGGAAGAGUUCGGUCAUGUAUUUUUGUUAGAGUCUAGGCCUUUUAUUUAGAUAUUUGCGGUAUUUGGUGAAGUCUGUGUGUGUGUGUGUGUGUGUGUGUGUGUGUGUGUGUGUGUGUGUGUGUGUGUGUGUGGGGGAGUGACAGGAUGGACAGACAGAUGGGCAGUGAGGGAGGGAUUGUUGUGGGAACACAGCUGCUGUCUGAUCACUUCAUAUCGCUGCAGUAAUGACCACUUAGUUCUCAUUACAAUCCUGCCGCAGAAUGUAACCUUCUACUUUUGAGUAAAACACCAUCUACAAAAACAGCUUGUAUUCAUUUGGUAUUUCUUACAUUGUGACAAACACAGAAAUAUGUCC